AUGUGGUCUCAGAUAUGGACUGCGCCGCUGCUGGUCGCGACCUUACUCCUGGAAAGCGUCGGUGCAACGCGACAAGGCGGGAUGCUCUCAGAAGCCGUCCGACGAGAGCGUGGAAAGCGAGCGGCGGGCCCAGCAUUGAAUCCAAUGCAGACCAUAGAAACUCGUGCCGCCUCUCAUCGGUUCUACAGCAACGAUACCAAAGGAUACUUCGUCAAGUCACUGCCUGAAAUGGACUUCGACCUUGGCGAACUGUACUCGGGUGUGAUUCCAAUCGACGCGAACAACGCCUCUCGAGGAUUGUUCUUUGUGUUCCAGCCUCGUGUCGGAACCCCGGUCGAUGAGAUCACCAUCUGGCUGAACGGGGGACCUGGCUGCAGCUCCCUUGAAGGGUUUCUCCAAGAGAACGGCAAGUUUCAAUGGGCUUGGGGCCAGUUCACGCCGACCAUUAAUCACUAUUCUUGGGUCAACUUGACCAACGUCCUAUGGGUUGAAUAUCCUGUCGGUGUGGGGUUUUCCAUCGGGGAGUCUCGUGCCACGAUGGAAGAGGGAAUCGCUGAAGAGUUCAACGACUUCUUCCUCAAUUUCCAGACCAUAUUCGGUAUUUCCAAUUUCAAGAUCUACGUCACGGGAGAAAGCUACGCUGGAAGAUAUGUCCCUUAUAUCGCGUCUGGCAUGUUGGACAGGAACGAUUCCGCCCACUUCAACCUUUCUGGUGCGCUUACGUAUAAUCCUACCAUUGGGGAGUUCUCCUGGGUCCAGACUCAAGCUGUGAUAUACCCUUUGCUUCAGCAAAAUACCAACGUCAUGGGAUACAACAAGUCAUUCAUGGCUACAUUGGCGGCGCUCGACAAGUCGUGUGGCUACGCGGACUACCGGGAAACCUAUUUCAAGUUUCCGCCUGCAAAGGUCCAACCUCCCAAGUACUUCAACUCCAGCAGCGAUGCAGACUGCGAUAUAUGGCACUCUGCAUACUUCGCCGCAUACGCAACCAACCCUUGCUUCAAUCCCUACCUGAUAAGCCUGCAGUGUCCCCUUCAAGGAGAUCCUUUGGGUUUUCCCAGCGAUCUCAUCUACAGCUAUCCUGGGAUCCCGGUCUAUUUCAACCGGACGGACGUCAAGAGGGCCAUCCACGCGCCGGUCGACCGCGAAUGGUCGCUCUGCAACGGCAAUCCGUUCCUGGGUCGUGAGGGCGGACCACAAAACCUUGGCGACCUGUCGGCCGAUCCCAUUCAACAUGUCCUGCCUCGUGUGAUUGACGCAACCCAACGGGUACUCAUAUCCAACUCGGAUCUUGACUUCGAAACCCCUACCACUGGGACUCAGCUGGCGAUCCAGAACAUGACAUGGGGCGGCAAAUUGGGAUUCCAGACCAAGCCGUCCAAACCCAUCACCAUAACCGAGCCGGAUCUACAAUACGAGGCAGUCUUCACCUCUAGCGGCUUCGACGACGUGGACGAUCCUCAGGGGACGAUGGGCGUGCAACAUUUCGAGCGAGGCUUGAUGUGGGCGCAGACGUUCUACUGCGGUCACAUGCAACCUCAGUUCCAGCCGCGGUCGUCCUACCGGCACCUGCAGUGGUUAUUGGGCCAUAUUGAGACGUUGUGA